CCGGAAAAUACCAAAAAUAGCAAAUAUUUAGAAAAAUUACGGCAUCUGCAACAAGUUUAACAGACUGAAUAAAAUUUAGCUGGAAAUACCGAUUAAAGCUGCCAAAAUGCAGAAAAAUAAAAAGUCUACGGAUGAGUUCACAACGUGGCUGCAAGGCCAACUUAAGGUUCUGAAUACAGAUCCAGACAUCUUUGGCUCCUAUAUAGUAGGAAUACUUGAAGGGGAAGAGACACCUGAAGAGAAACGUGAAGCGCUCAAUGAUAUACUCGGAGAAAUCAUUACCAACGAUCUCGAUGCUCUUAUAAAUGUAUUACUUGAGAAAUGGGAGAAGACACAUCCUAAGGAAGAAGUGAAAAAAGCUGUACACGUUGAUGUGAAUGAGCAAUUGGCCAAAUUGCUAGAAGCGCAGAAACUUCAAACCAUUGUAAAGGAGCGUGAAUACACAGAUGAAGAGAGAAAAAUUCGCGAGCAAAUUUUGGCGCAAUAUUCACAGACGGAAGUUGAGGACGAAGAUGCGUAUGAGUCAGAGGAGGAAGUCGAAAAAACAAAUACGGGAGCAACUGGAAUUGAACGCAACACGAAUGUUCAGGAUGUGAUGGCAUUGCAAAAAGAAAAGCGAGAGCAGGCGCGUUUGGAAAGCGCAGCGAAGAAGCAGAAGGAUAAAGAAGAUCGGGAGCGGCAAAAACAAAUGCGCGAGGAAAAGAAGGAAAAGCGUAAAACUGUUAAGGGCGAACGCAGACGGUAGUUGAAUGAAAGUGGGCAUCGUUUUGUAUUGGUGCAGAUAAUUACAUACAUAUGUAUUUAAUGCAAAAUUAAUUUAAUGAGUUAAUAUGAAACUUUUUUGUUUACAACUGUUAUUAAUCUUAAAUGCAAAUUUGUUUUAUGCAUAACACAAUCUGCAUCGAAUUAAAACUCAUGCUUUCAAGGCCAAAUAUGUAUAUGAAUAU